CAUUUGAUGGCCGAGGCGCCCGCGAAUGCCCCCUCGCACCGUUCCCUGCCCGUCCCGACGUCCGCCGCCCUCCUGGCCCCCCACGCCCACCACCCGACGUCGCCCCAGUCCCCCGAGGAGCAUUUUCAGCGCCCCAAUUUCCUCUUGUGGCAGCGCAGCGCCGAGGACAGCGAUGAGCCCACCCAUUCGCCCCCCGUGGCCCCCGGCUGGUUCCACGAGUUCCAGCGGACGGUGGAGCGCCGUGAGGAGUUUGUACAGCCGGGGUAUGUGCAGCAGCCACCGGGGCGGGGGUACGCGCGACGCGAUAGUCUGGAGAGUGUCUCGGAGGAGCUGCUGGAUGAGCGGAUCCUCCAGGAACCGUAUAGUGCCGUGCGCGUGGGGGAGGAGGGUCCGCCGAAUUUCUUCCAUCACCUGGAGCCCGAUGAUUAUUCCUACGAUGAGAACGUGGUGAAGGCCAAGUUUAUUGGCAAUUACCUCAUGGGAGAAUGUAUUGGAGAAGGCUCUUAUGCCAAAGUCAAGGAGGUCCUGCACGUGACCAGUCUGCAGCGGUACGCCGUCAAGAUCUUCUCGCCCAACAAACUCAAACGCAUCCCCAACGGCCUGCAGAACGUGAAAACGGAGAUCGGCAUCCUGCGGCGUCUGACGCACCGCAGUGUGUGCGGCCUGCGGGAAGUGGUGCGCAAGCAAUCCAAGAAUAAGACCUACAUGAUCAUCGAACUGGGCGUGUGCACCAUCAGCGAUCUGGCCAAGGAGUUCCCGCAGCAGCGCCUGCCGCUCUUCAAAGUCCACUAUUACUUUUUGCAGCUGAUGCACGGUCUGGCGUACUGUCAUUCGCAGGGCGUCAUCCAUAAGGACAUCAAGCCCAGUAAUCUGGUGGUGACCACGUGUGAUGUCCUGAAGAUUAUCGAUUUCGGCGUUGCUGAACAGAUUUCCCCCUACGCCGCCACGGAUGAGAUUGUCAGCAGUCAAGGUUCGCCGGCCGUGCAGUCGCCGGAAGUGGCGGAAGGCGUGGAGACGUUCUCCGGUGAGAAGCUGGACGUGUGGUCGUCGGGCGUGACGCUGUUCAACAUGGCGGUCGGCCGGUUCCCCUUCGAGGAGGAGACCGUGUACGAGCUGUUUGCCAGUAUUUGUGAGCGUGCUCACACCAUUCCCAAAGAUGUCCGUGAUGCCGAGCCCGAUCUGUGUGCCCUCGUGGACGGGUGUCUGGCCAAGAAGGAAUGUGAUAGGUUAACGAUCAACGGCAUCCUGCACCACGGCUGGAUCCGCCGCAACCAUCCCUGCCCCAAGAUCGCCGCCAGUCAGGAGCGCAUCGACCGCAAACUCUCCCGCUCCUCCGCCACCUUCCUCCCCUUCAUCCAGGCGCACUACCACUACGCGGACGCCGCGGGGGAGCACGCGCCCAACGGCGGCCUGGAGGCGGGGCACGGGACGCCCAAUGGGACGCCGCGGCCGGUGUCCCCGGCGGCGACCCUCCCGGAGGAGCCCGACAUGGUCAAGGAGGACUGUGCGACGCCGUUGCGGCGCUGGAAAGUGUGCCGGAUGCAUUGAACCGGGGCAAAGGUCACGGGGACCCUCGGUGUGGAGGGUGGGGGUGUGUUGAUUUUCCCCUGGAAGUUUUUUCUCUGUGGUGAUUUCACGGCGCGGACGGUGUUGGUUUUUGGGCGGGGCGCGCUUUUUUUGUGGAUAUGCGCAGUUGUUUUUUGCUGCUGUGGUUGCGAAUGUGUAUUUUACUGUAUGUUUUGCGCAUGGGACGCGCGCUCUGGGUUUUUUGGGAUGUUUUUGAAAUUUUGGAGUUUUUGGAUUCUUGUGUAUUGGACCGGAUGUGUGCCGCGAUGCGUGGCGAAGCUUGAUUGUGAAGAAAAAGUUUGAAGUAUUAAUAUUUAAA